AUGGAAGAAACGUCGCCGAGCAACGAGAUCGCUUUGUAUGUCGCGGGAUUUCGUCGCAGUUGCCGCAACCGCGAGUCUUAUGACACAAUCGCGGAAUUGGCGGCUGAAUUGCGGCGUGCCUAUAUGGUGAAAGGGCUGCAGGCACAACUCGAUGAAAAACAGGCCGACAAAUACGCCGAGCUCGUGCGAAAACGCGAGAGCGCCGACUCGAGUCGCAAGGAACGACAGGAAGUGUUGGAGGAGGAGCUCCGGUCGCGGUCGGAGAUACUGCGGAAAUCGAAGGAGUACAGGCAGCAGCUGGACGAGCAGUUGACACGAAAGGAGGAAGAGAAAAGAGUCAUUGUGGAGGAGGCUCGCGAGUACAGGAAGUUCUUGGAAGAAGUGGACCGAGAGCAAGAGGAACGGGAGCGCUCGAAGGCGAUGGAGAAGAAAUGCGAGCUCGUGGAGAGGACGAGGCGGGAGAGGGUGAUCCUCGAGGGAAUGAGGGAGGCGCGUCGACAGGAGGAGCGCGAGGCGGAAGAGAAGAAGCGGCUGGAAGAUCUGGAGUACUUGAAGGAGAUGGACGAGAGAGCGAAGGAGGUGAGACGGCUGCGGCGGGAGCAGAUAGAGAGGCGCGAGCGUGUCCUGCUGGAAACAACGAGGCUAAUGCUGGACGCUCAGGCGCGAAAACGAGAGAGGGAAGAGCGGCUGAUUGAUCUCGUUGCCGAGGAGAUCAGGUGCGAGCUUGUAAUCAGGGAGAUGGAGGAGGCGAUGCGUAGGAAAAAGAUGCAGCAAGAACUGGCGGCCAGUUUACGGGAACAGAUAGUCUUCACGGAGCAGUGCAGGCGGCAUUUCGUGGAGGAGGAUAGAGCAUGGGCCGAGGAAGUCAUGAGGAAGAUUAUGGAAGAUGAGAAGAUGGCGAGGUGCACGGCCGAGGCGAAAAGAAGGAUGAAAGUGCAGUACCGGAAGGACCUGGAGAGUUUGAUUGAGCACCGCCGCAGGAUUCGCGAGGAGGAGAUUGCUAGGAUUGAGGAAAUCGCUAAAGAGCAACAGAGAUUGGAACGUCUCGAGGCGGAACGCGCGAAGGAGGAGAGGAAACGCUUGUUGAUGAUGCAUGCAGCUAAUAUCGCGAACUUCGUGAACAGAGCGACUCUCACGACUGAGGAGCAGGAGAUCCUCGACGAAUUAACGAAGAAAAAUCGGGACACGGAAAAUAUCGACGACGGAGACGCGAAAGAUUGAACGGGAUGACGCUAAGUAAGAAAAUUUUCACAUCUCUAGUAGCGUCGGCGAGAGAAUCAUUAAGAAGGUAAAGAUAAUAACGAAAAAAUAUUGUGCUAUCCACGAAAAUGGCAAUGGUCGAUCUGGACUCAUCGCGGUAGUCGCAAGUAACUAGGAUUUGUAGGACGGUUAAUAAAGAGAAAGAAGGUCGACGGAGAGAAUAACAUUAAAGUUAAAAAGAACGUGCAGUGUUAUAUAUAGAAAAAGAAUCGUUUGGAAACAGGUAGCGAUCGAAGAAAUAAAGGCCAAAGGAAACACAUGUGAUCGACGAGGAGAAAGCCGAGAUUGAUGACAACACUUAACGUUAAAGUUUAAAAAAAAUUGUGUUUUUCUUUUUUCGAUCUCACGUAUUAAUAUAAAAGGGGAAACUUAUCGAA